AGAGGUAUAACUCAGGUCCUUUUAGAACAAGAUAGAGAACGCAGAGGUACUACAUAUACCCCAUUCUCUAAUUCAAGACUUGUUUCAAGAAUAACAGUAGAAGAAGGAGAAGAGUCUAGCAGAUCUUCAACUGCUGUUCGACGACAUCCAACAAUCACGCUGGACCUUCAAGUGAGAAGGAUUCAUCCUGGAGAAAAUAGAGAUCAGGAUAGUAUCGCAAACAGAACUCGAUCCAGAGUAGGGCUGGCAGAAAAUACAGUUACUAUUGAAAACAAUAGUGGGGGCUUUUGCCGAACUAUUUCUCGUUUAGAGCGGUCAGGUAUUCGAACCUAUGUUAGUACCAUAACAGUUCCUCUUCGUAGGGUUUCUGAGAAUGAGCUCGUUGAGCCAUCAUCAGUGGCACUUCAGUCAAUUUUCAGGCAGAUCAUGACUGGGUUUGGAGAAUUAAAUUCUCUUAUGGAG